CGUGCUGCCCGUGAUGUGAAGAAAGCAGACGAACACAUGUACUGCUUCAGAAUCAUAACAAAUGAAGAGAAAAAAAGGUGGCUGGGUUUUCCUGGAGUUACACUCACUGUCACAGAUCUUCAGGUGAUCGUUCCAAAAAAAGUGACAGAGGGACAGUCGGCUGUUCUGACCUGUAAAACCACCUGCAGUCUGACUGAUCCAACAUUCAUCUGGUACAAAAACAGUCAGGAUUUAACCACAAAGCCCACCAGGGGCAAUGAAGUUCACCUGCAGCGGGUCAGCAGUGAGGAUGCAGGCAGUUAUAGCUGUGCUGUAAGAGGAUAUGAACAUCUCCCCUCUCCUGCUCAAACCCUCAGCGUCAGAUAUCCUCCAAAGAACGUCUCAGUGUCCAUCAGACCCUCUGGUGAGAUAGUGGAGGGAAGUUCAGUGACUCUGACCUGCAGCAGUGACGCGAACCCUCCUGUGGAGAACUACACCUGGUUCAAGGGGGCAACAUCAGUAGGAAAAGGAAAGACCUACACCAUCUCCACUAUCAGCUCUGAGGACAGUGGAGAGUACAAGUGCAAGUGCAGGAAUGAACUCGGAGAUCAGGACUCCAUCAGUGUAACUCUGAAUGUUCUGUAUCCUCCAAAGAACGUCUCAGUGUCCAUCAGACCCUCUGGUGGGAUAAUGGAGGGAAGUUCAGUGACUCUGACCUGCAGCAGUGAUGCGAACCCACCUGUGGAGAACUACACCUGGUUUAAGGAGAACGAAUCCUCACCUGUAGGAUCUGGACAGAGUUACAGAGCUCUUCAGAGUGGACAGUACUCCUGUGAGGCUCAGAAUAAACACGGCUCUGAGAGAUCUGCUGCAGUGUCCCUCAAUGUCCCGUAUCCUCCAAAGAACGUCUCAGUGUCCAUCAGACCCUCUGGUGAGAUAGUGGAGGGAAGUUCAGUGACUCUGACCUGCAGCAGUGAUGCGAACCCUCCUGUGGAGAUCUACACCUGGUUAAAGGGGACGACAUCAGUAGGAAAAGGAAAGACCUACACCAUCUCCAAUAUCAGCUCUGAGGACAGUGGAGAGUACAAGUGCAAGUACAGUAAUGAACUCGGACAUCAGGACUCCAUCAGUGUAACUCUGAAUGUUCUGUAUCCUCCAAAGAAUGUCUCAGUGUCCAUCAGACCCUCUGGUGAGAUAGUGGAGGGAAGUUCAGUGACUCUGACCUGCAGCAGUGAUGCGAACCCACCUGUGGAGAACUACACCUGGUUUAAGGGGAUGACAUCAGUAGGAAAAGGAAAGACCUACACCAUCUCCAAUAUCAGCUCUGAGGACAGUGGAGAGUACAAGUGCAAGUGCAGUAAUGAACUCGGACAUCAGGACUCCAUCAGUGUAACUCUGAAUGUUCUGUAUCCUCCAAAGAACGUCUCAGUGUCCAUCAGACCGUCUGGUGAGAUAGUGGAGGGAAGUUCAGUGACUCUGACCUGCAGCAGUGAUGCGAACCCACCUGUGGAGAUCUACACCUGGUUUAAGGAGAACGAAUCCUCACCUGUAGGAUCUGGACAGAGUUACAGAGCUCUUCAGAGUGGACAGUACUACUGUGAGGCUCAGAAUAAACACGGCUCUGAGAGAUCUGCUGCAGUGUCCGUCACUUUCAAAGGGUUUCAGAACAUAGGUGUGUAUGCAGGAGUUGGAGUUGUUGUAUUUGUGUGUGUUUUUUUCAUCGUCAUCUUCUUGUUUCUAAGUGCUGUUAUGGCUUUGGCAUAA